GGGAGGUGGCCAGGGGCCUUUCAUGACCUCACUUUGGCGGUCGCCACGCUUCUGUCGUGUUGUGUUCAGUGGAAGUGAGUUGAGAGGUCUGGCCCACAUCGAGAGAAGAGGGUUCGUCCCUGCCUCUUGAAGGAUGAGUGCCAGACUUGGACGCGUUUCUAAACCACCGUAGUCAAGCGUACCUGAGCUGUGAGUGUGCUGCACCUCUUGGUCUGGCCUCACAGCUGGGCCUUGGACUGGUCAGCUGGUGUCAUGAGCGGUGAAAACAUCGCAUCUGGGCCCAGGAAAUGGGGUUCGAGUCCUAGGAUGUGCUGCUGAGCUGUGUGGCCUUGGAUUGUCUGUGUGGCCUUGGGUCGUCUCUGUGACCUUGGGUCGUCUCUGUGACCGUGACCGAUCUUCGAACAGCUCCUGGCCUCGGUGUCCCCACCGGUGCUCCGCUGGCCUCUCGGGAUCGUCUGAGACCCUGAGGGCAGGCCCAGGGUGGGAGUGAGUGUGGGGUUGGGGGGGUGUCCACUGCUGCUGCGGCCUGUCCCAGGCCCAUCACGAGGCUGUCUUGAGAGGUGACCCGACCGUCUGUGUGACCUGAUGUCCCGGGGAGGAUCUUCGUUUCCCUGGGGUACGGAGCCCCGGGGUCCCCUGUCACAUACCUUGUCUCCGGGCAGCACCUCGUGGCGAUGCCUUCCUCUAGGUGUUGGUCAGGACCUCCAGGACCUGUGCGAGCCAUGCCCAGAUGGGGUCCCCACAGGGUGGUGCUCCCUUGUAUACCACCACCCGCCCCCCAAGAAAAGAAACCCAUCGGUCGGUCCACUGAGUGUGGGUGCUGAGGGUGCUUCGGUUCCGAGCAGGACCCAGAAGACGUCUGGACCGCCCAGAGCAGGUCCUGCGUGGGGUCACGUUCUCGGUGUCCCCGCAGGCAGCAGGACAAGAGCUCCAGUCCCCCUCUGUCCCGGGGUGUCCUGUGUGUUCGCGUUGACCAGCCAGUGCCACUCACGGAUGUGGAGAGCUGGGCUGUGUGACUCCCGGCCCGGACACGGAAGGGAUGGGGGUGGGGGUGAGAGGCACAGAUUCGGCUCAUUGGGUCCCAUUUUGCCCAGCCUGACCCAUAUGAGCCUAGCCAAGCCCCUCGCCCACCCAAGACCUGGGUUUCUGCCCCCGUCCGCUGACCAGCUGCGUGAUAAUAACAGCGACUCCUGGGAUGUGCCAGUCGUGCUCUGGAGCUUCUCAUGUAAUUUACCUCCUUGAACCCUCACGGAAUUAACUUCAUGAGGCAGACUUUGUCUUUAUCCCCCAUUUAUAGAUGAGGAGACUGAGGAGGCCCAGAGAGGCCAAGUAACUUGCCCAACAUCACACAGCUGCAGGUGGCAGAGCCGGGAUUCAGGUCCCAGUGUGUGGCAGCCUGGUCCAUGCUGAGCCUGACCUCCAGGCCCCGUGGCCGGCAGCACCUCCUGCCCUCCCUGUUCACAUCUUCCGUGGAGGAGGAGAGGGGCCCGAGGGGGGCCUGGGCCGAGCUUCUGGGACAUGGCGUCCAUCGGGCUCCACGGCCCUCCAGUGGCUGGCUGGGUGCCGGCUUGGCUGAGAAAGGACUCUUGUUAGGAACCUGUGUUUUCUAGUGAUCAGCCUGCUGGGGCAGGGACCCUGCGCCCCGCUGGGUUCUCAAGUUUCUCUGGUGGGCUUGCGGUGCCUGUGGGCAUGUGGUUCCCACCGUCUCCCCUGUUCUUCCAGAAAGAGGAGGCCACGUGGGGUCAGCCUCGGGUUGGUGCCGCCCCGGCCGCUCAGUGGGCCUGCUGCCGUGGGGCCCUGUCGCCCGGCGUGGCGCCGCCCACGUGACCCGCCGGCAGCUGGGAGGCCAGCCUGGGCACAGGGGCGCUUGUGCAGGUCCUUUAUUUCCGAGGUGCGAGCCCUUUCCCGAGAGAACAGUGUUCCCUCGAACUUGCGCCUGCCUCGAUACUGCCUUUUAUGCGCCCCUCAUCCCAUCCCUGCUGUGGCCGUUUAUGCGGCCGAGCCCCCAAGAUCUCUUUUGCCGCCUGCCCGGCGAGAGGGCGAUGGUGGCCGCGGCCCGGCUCUCCGGGACCCUGGGUUCAGGACGUGUGUCGGCGCCCGCGGCCUCUCCUGGCUAGUUCUGGGGGCAGGGCAGGUCUCAGGGGCCCACCCCUGCCUGGCCACCGGUGGGGGUCCCCAGUGUUCACCUGGCUACCCGCAGGGACAGGCAUGGAAGCAGGUUGCAGUUAGACUCGAGUUGGACCGUAUGCAGAGUGCUGCAGAGGUGGCGUGGGCUCUGGGGGUUGCGGAGAGCCCCUUGGGGUGGGGACCGUGGCCUGGGGACAGCACAUGUUCCUGCCCUGUCAUCUUCUGGGACACUCUGUGCUUGUGCUCUCUCACCCCUCCCAUGACUCCCCAGGUCCCCUCCCCAGGUGACCCCGGGUGUUCCCUGGAGCUGUCCCUCCUAGGUCUCCGUCUGGGGCUUCGCAAGUUCGUUUACCUCUCCCUGCACCCAGCCCGUUGCCCGUGCCACCCGCGAGGCCGUGCGCUUUGAUCUACGCCUCUCGAAUGUACCCACGGUGAGGGAGCGGGGAUGUGGCAGGUGCCCCUGAGAGGGCAGGAGAAGUUAACCGAAGACUGACUUACGGCACUGUUCACGCCCGCCCGCGAGGGAGCCCGGCCGAUAUCCGUGGGGCGCGUGGGGCCGGGUGAAGGUUGAGCCACCUCAGCACUUGAAAGGCCGGGGGCUCAUGGGAAGGCAACUGAUCUCACUCCUGGCAGGUGGCGGCUCCUUGGCCCGCGUGGCACCUGAACCUGGAUCCCCGUGGGAAGGGGGCUUCCCCUGGACAGCGGUUUAGACCUGCGGUCGCGGGUCUUCUAGCGUCUAGGCGGGGUUUGCGCCGGGCGAGACCGCAGCAGGGUCUGCAGGUGGCUGUGUUUUUCUCCUCUGAGGCACCUUCUCAGUGCAGACCCGCUGGGUGCCUGUGGCUUUGGGAUUCAAGGGGGGAUGGUAGCGGCACAGGAUGGCUCCGGCCAACCCGCCUGGGAUGAUCCCGGGUCUGUGCCGCCUGCCCGUACGAGCCUGUUUGCUUUUGUGGAAGGAGAAGGACGUGCUCCCUCAGUCUACAGAGCUAUGUGCUGAAGGCCUGGCAGAAGUGUGUUCGUCUUCGUGAUCCUCAGUGGCUCAGCCCUUUCCCUUUCCUCUGGCGUUCUUCUCUUUCUUGCGAGGACACUGGCCCCGCGCCUGUCGGGAUGCUCUCAGAUCUUCCGGAGAGGCUGUCGGCUCGGGCCGGGGCAUGAGCCAUGAGCCCAAGUCCCCUUCACUAGGGAUGCUUUCCACCGCGACCAGGACCACCGCCACCGUCAACCCCCUCACCCCCUCGCCGCUCAAUGGCGCCCUGGUGCCCAGCGGCAGCCCCGCCACCAGCAGCGCGCUGUCGGCCCAGGCCGCGCCGUCCUCCAGCUUUGCUGCCGCGCUGCGCAAGCUCGCCAAACAGGCGGAGGAGCCCAGAGGGUCUUCACUGAGCAGUGAGUCGUCCCCCGUCUCCUCUCCGGCCACCAACCACAGCUCUCCAGCCAGCACGCCCAAGCGCGUGCCCAUGGGCCCCAUCAUCGUCCCCCCCGGGGGCCACAGCGUCCCUAGCACGCCCCCCGUGGUGACCAUCGCCCCCACCAAGACCGUCAAUGGCGUGUGGAGGAGCGAGAGCCGGCAGCAAGACGCUGGCUCUCGGGGCAGCGGCAGCGGUCGGGAACGCCUCAUCGUGGAGGCCCCGCUGCCCCAGGAGAAGGCAGGGGGCCCGGCCAUCCCCUCCCACCUGCUCAGCACCCCCUACCCUUUUGGCAUCUCCCCCAGCUCGGUGGUGCAGGACUCCCGCUUUCCUCCGCUGAACCUCCAGCGGCCCGUGCACCACGUGGUGCCCCCCAGCACGGUGACAGAGGACUACCUGCGGAGCUUCCGGCCCUACCACACCACCGAGGACCUCCGCGUGUCCUCCCUGCCUCCCCUGGGCCUGGACCCGGCCACUGCCGCGGCCUACUAUCACCCCAGCUACCUGGCCCCGCACCCUUUUCCCCACCCGGCCUUCAGGAUGGACGACUCCUACUGCCUGUCGGCCCUGCGGUCCCCCUUCUACCCCAUCCCCACCCCCGGCUCCCUGCCGCCAUUGCAUCCAUCAGCUGUGCAUCUCCACCUCUCUGGGGUCCGCUACCCGCCCGAGCUCUCGCACUCGUCCCUGGCGGCGCUGCACUCGGAGCGGAUGUCCAGCCUCAGUGCCGAGAGGAUGCAGAUGGACGAGGAGCUGAGGCGGGAGAGGGAGCGUGAGCGCGAGCGGGAGGCUGACCGCGAGCGCGAGAAGGAGCGCGAGCGGGAGCGUGAGAAGGAGCGCGAGCGUGAGAAGGAGCUGGAGCGCGAGCGGGAGCUGGAGCGUCAGCGGGAGCAGCGGGCCCGCGAGAAGGAGCUGCUGGCCGCCAAGGCGCUGGAGCCGGCCUUCCUGCCCGUGGCCGAGCUGCACGGGCUACGGAGCCACGCCGCUGAGGAGCGGGGCAAGGCCUCGGAGCAGCUGACCCCAACCCGAGCAGAGAAGCUGAAGGACACGGGCCUGCAGGCGCCCAAGCCCGUGCAGCACCCCCUGCACCCGGCGGCCGCCCCGCACCACCCUGUGCCCGGCCUCCUCUCCACCCACGGCCUCUUCUCUCUGCCGGGCAGCAGUGCGGCCACGGCCCUGCUCCUCCAGCGCACCAACGAGGAGGAGAAGUGGCUGGCGCGGCAGCGGCGGCUGCGGCAGGAGAAGGAGGACCGCCAGUCGCAGGUGUCUGAGUUCCGGCAGCAGGUGCUGGAGCAGCACCUGGACCUGGGCCGGCCGCCGGCGCCCGCGGACGCGGAGCACAGGCCUGAGAGUGCCAGGCCGGGACCAAACCGUCACGAGCCGGGAGGCCGCGACCCCCCGCAGCACUUUGGCGGCCCCCCGCCCCUCAUCUCACCCAAGCCCCAGCACCACUCGGUGCCCACGGCCCUCUGGAACCCGGUGUCCCUGAUGGACAGCACGCUGGAGACACGGCGCGCCCCCGAGGGCCACCCUCUGCACGGCCACCCCGCCCCGUUUGAGCCCAGCCGCCAGGCGGCCGUCCCGCUGGUGAAGGUGGAGAGGGUCUACUGCCCCGAGAAGGCGGAGGAGGGACCCCGGAAGCGAGAGGCCGCCCCCCUGGACAAGUACCAGCCGCCGCCCCGCGAGGCAGGGGGCCUGGAGCAGCAGGCCUUCCCCCCUGCGCCUGCGCACUUCCUGGCGGAGCUCGAGCCGUCCACCCAGACCAUCCUGGGCCAGCCCCGGGCCCCGCUUGCCCCGCCGGCCCCCUUCGGGGAGACCCCCGGGCCCCUGAAGCCGGGCUCGCCCUACCGGCCCCCGGCGCCACGGGGCCCCGACCCCACCUACGUCUACGACGAGUUCCUACAGCAGCGACGGAGGCUGGUCAGCAAGCUGGACCUGGAGGAGCGCCGGCGGCGGGAGGCCCAGGAGAAAGGAUACUACUACGAGCUGGACGACUCCUACGAUGAGAGUGACGAAGAGGAGGUUAGGGCCCACCUCCGCUGUGUGGCCGAGCAGCCGCCCCUCAAAUUGGACACGUCCUCUGAGAAGCUAGAGUUUUUGCAGCGCUUCGGCCUGACCACCCGGCAGCAGAAGGAGGAGCUGCUGACCCAGAAGCGGAGGAAGCGGCGGCGGAUGCUCAGGGAAAGAAGCCCGUCGCCCCCGGCGGUUCAGAGCAAGCGGCGGACGCCUUCGCCGAGACUGGCGCUGUCCACCCGCUACAGCCCCGACGAGAUGAACAGCAGCCCCAACUUCGAGGAGAAGAGGAAGUUCCUGACCAUCUUCAACCUGACCCACAUCAGCACGGAGAAGAGGAAAGACAAAGAGAGGCUUGUUGAGCUGCUCCAGGCCAUGAAGCAGAGGGCGCUGUCAGCAGCGGUGGCAGACCCGCUCAGGAACUCUCCGAGGGACAGUCCUGCUGGGUCCCUGAGCGAACCAGCCACGCAGCAAGCCUCUCUGGAUACGGAGAAGCCUGUGGGUAUCACUGCUUCCUUGUCUGACACCCAGAAGGCCACGGAGCCUGGGAGACUGGAACAGCUCCGGCCCCAGGAGCGAGUCCCGGAGCCAGCCCCCGCCAGCGGCGAGAAAGCCAGGCCGAGCGAGACCCCUGGGGGCAGGAAGAGCCUGAGCAUGCUCCACUACAUCCGGGGCCCCGCGCCCAAGGACAUCCCCGUGCCGCUGUCCCACGGCAUCAACGGGAAGAGCAAGCCGUGGGAGCCCUUCGUGGCGGAAGAGUUCGCGCAUCAGUUCCACGAGUCCGUCCUGCAGUCCACCCAGAAAGCCUUGCAGAAGCACAGAGGAAGCACAGCUGUGCUGUGUGCAGAGCAGAACCACAGCAUCGACGCCUCUGUCCACUACAACAUCCCCGAGCUGCGGUCCUCCAGCCGGCUGCCUCUGCCCCCGCGCGACGGGCAGCAGGAGCCCCCCGCCGGGAGGAAGGGCCCCCUGGCACAGGAGGUGGACCCGGACUCAGAGGAGGAGGACGACGACGACGGAGAGGACGACGACGAGGACCCCCCCAAGCGCAAGUGGCAUGGGAUCGAGGCCAUUUUUGAAGCUUACCAGGAACACGUAGAAGAGCAAAAUCUAGAGCGGCAGGUGUUACAGACGCAGUGCAGGCGGCUGGAGGCCCAGCACUACAGCCUCAGUCUCACGGCCGAGCAGCUCUCCCACAGCAUGGCGGAGUUGAGGAGCCAGAAACAGAAGAUUGUUUCAGAAAGGGAGCGACUCCAGGCAGAACUGGAUCACUUACGGAAGUGCCUUGCGUUGCCUGCAAUGCAUUGGCCUAGAGGUUACUUUAAGGGAUAUCCUAGGUGACGGUUUCCCUUGCACUAGGCCGAACCUAUAGUAUAGAAAUAUUAUCUAUUUUAUUACCUUGAAUAUUUAAUAUUUUUCACUGGGAGGUUUGAAGCUUAAAAAAAUGAGAAUGUGCCAUGCAUGAAGCAAAGGAUUUCCAGGCUCCAGAAAAAAGAACGAACUCGCCUUGACUUCAAUGCAAUUGAAUCGCCUUUGUAAUUCAGCGAGCAACCCCUGUAGAACACCCAGUUUUUUCUUUUUAAAGGCAGUUUUAUUCUUUCCCCACACCAUGAUUUUUUAAUCUGAACAUGAAAGGCUCCAUUACCAACAGUAAAAUCCAAUCGUUUCUAGCCCCUGGGUGUGUAGGACUGGACCGGACCGUCGGUGUUCCGUCUUGGUUGCCGUGUUACUAGGCCUCGAGAACCCAGGUGGUUCUGGCUGCAGGGGGUGGUGGCCGGUCUCAGUCCUCCCCGGGACUGAGACCUACCUUCAGUGGAAGGGAGGUGGGGGUGCAUUUUUAAGUAAAGGGCUUAUUUCAGUUACUUUUUCUGCAAAAUUUUCUUCAAAGCAACAGGUCCUAGGAGCACACAAAGCAACAGUGCUGAAGCCUUACCCAAAGGCUUUUCCCCAGAAAAGCUCUUACCUUACCUAAAGAUAAAAAGCGAAUCAACAAACUGAAGGUACCUUUCUAUUACUUCACGGGGGAAAAUGUACAGAGCUCUGUGUACACAUUUAUCCACACCCACCAGAUUGUUACUGCGGUAGGGGUGUUUUCAUACAAACGUAAAUUUUUGAGAGGAAAGUCAAAGGUGCUUCAGCCUUGUACUGUGUAUAUAUAUUAAAAAAACAAAGUUUUGUAUGUUUUUAUUACUUUAAUUAUUGUUAUAAAAAAGCCUGCCAUUUUUAAUAUGUGGUUUGGAGGGAUUUUUGUUGUUUGUUUUCUUGUUUGGGGGUUUUGUUUGUUUUUGUUUUGUUUUUCUGGGCAAAAAAAAAAAAAAACACCUUGCUUUUUUUAGUGUUUGUACUGCUGCUGGUCAGGACAUUAAGAUAUUGAAGUGUUUUUAAAAAAAAUUAAAGAAGAAGAAAAGUAAAGAGCUUACCACUGGCA